UUCAUGAGGAGCCGGACUAGGCUUUAGCUGCCUUCACGGCUGUUGUGGUGGAAAUGGUGGCAAGAUGGCGGCGCUGGAGGAGGAACGGCGUUACGGGCUGUCCUGUGCGAGAGUAAGCGACGGAAGCAGCGUGUCUGUCUUCCACGUUAAACUGACUGACAGCGCACUGAGAGCUUUUGAAAACUAUCAGAACAGACGGAAUCUGUCUGCACAGCCUUCCAUCCGCUUCGCUGGAAGCCAGGGGAAGAUCUGCGUGCCACGGCCGGAAAACCCCGGCAGCCAGCAGGUCUUCACCUUCUACCUGUCCAACGUGGGCAAGGACAAUCCCCAGGGCAGCUUUGACUGCAUCCGGCAGCAUGGCAGCCCGGGCGGCUUUCGGCUGGACGGCGUCGGCACGAUCCACGACAAGAUCACCGUGUGCGCCUCCGACGACUCGUACGAGAAGGCGCGGCAGAGCAUGACGCAGGCCGAGGAGGAGACGCGCAGCCGCGGCGCAAUCGUCAUCAAGCCCGGCGGGAGGUACCCAGGGAAGAAGGUGCACAUCCGGAAGCCUCCGGCACCCAGCCCGGCCGACGUCGCCCCCUGCAGGCAGGUGAACCGGCCGGUCAUCAUCUCCAGCGCCAUGAAGAAGAAUGGCGGCGUGGUGGCGAGCGUGCAGGCGAGGCCCCUACGAGAGCGUCUAACCCAUCUGCUGGCCCUCAAGCCCUACAGCAGACCGGAAUUGGUCCUACGCCUGCAGAAGGACGGCCUCUCCGCCCAGGACAGGCACGCUCUGGACAGCCUCCUGCAGCAGGUGGCUGAUCUGAACAGCAGGGACAACUCAUUCACCCUGAAGGACUGUCUCUUCAAGGAGGUCCAGAAGGACUGGCCGGGCUACUCCGAAGGGGACCAGCAGCUCCUAAAGAGGAUUCUUGUUCGGAAACUCUGCCAGUCCCAGAACGCAGCCCCAGCCCCCGGUGAGGACCUGUCCAACCCCCCCAAGGGUGUGACCAACACGGUUCUUUCCCAAUCGCCUCCUCAGAAGAGGUCGGGGAUGACGGACUUCAUCGACCCUCUAGCCAAUAAAAAGCCCAGGAUAUCACACCUAGCAGGGAAAAUGGCUCCGUCUUUGGGUGACAAGCUGAGCAGUGGGCAGGAAGCAGGUGCGGUGCAGGGCGGCGGGGGGCGGCUGCCUGGUCUGUGCCCCCCCCCACCGGAGUCGACACGCCCCUGUGACCCCCUAUGCGAUGUCAGCAAUGACUCUGGCCGCAGUCGGCGGGAUCGCGAGGCGCGGGGCGCCGGAGCGGUGGACAGGCUCGGCCAGCCCAUCUUUGGCUCGGGCCCCGCCUCUGAGCCGCUACCCGUCCGGGUCUCCGCCCCUCUCCCUCCCAGCCAACCCGGACUUGCCGGAGCCCCCCCAGAGCCUCCCCCUGCCCCUUCCGCCCUGCACACCAAGUCUAAGAAGAAGUCAAAAAAAAAUAAAGACAAGGAUAGAAGCAAGGACAGAGAAAAGGAGAAGAAAGGUGUAGCGGGGCAGGGGGCGGGGCCAAGGAGCGGCUGUGACCUCACGCCUUCCACUGAAGGCCUGACAGGCAGCAUAUCGCACAGCAGUACAGGUCGAAAUGGAACGUGCCAUAGCACCAGUGCCCUGCCGUCCACGCCGGAGAAAGCCGACUACUUACUGAAGUAUACUGCCAUAUGCUCCCACGAGCAGCGGCAAAGCUAUAAGAACGACUUCAAUGUGGAGUACAGCGAGUACCGGGACCUGCACGCGCGCAUUGAGGCCGUCACACGGCAGUUCACCGUGCUCGACUCGCAGCUCCGGCAACUUCAGCCUGGCUCCGACAAGUACAAGACAAUCCAUAACCAGAUACUGCAGGAGUAUCGGAAAAUUAAAAAGACAAACCCAAACUAUACCGAGGAGAAGAACCGCUGUGAGUACCUGCACAGCAAGCUGGCAUACAUCAAGAAGCUCAUCGCGGAGUAUGACCAGCAGCGGCUCCAAGGCUGCUACUAAGGCGGAGCAGGCAAGCCAUUUUCCCCUGGAUACCAGGCCCUGCCUACCCUGGGGAUGGUCUGGUGAGCGGUGCCUCUUGGGAAGGUCAAGGGGGUCACGAUUGAAUCCUUUCAUUGGAGCAGAAUCCUGAGAAGGGCAACUAAGUCCUUUAAUGUAUUUAUUUUGUGCUGGAUGAUUCCACAGCCCUUUUCGGGCACCUUCAUCGUUCACUGGGAUGAAUCGUGUUCUCCUGUCCAACCCGUUCUCAAUGCAAGGGAGGAAGAACAUUUGUAUCAUAUUCUUAUACUGUUAUGUAUUACACUUUUUUAAUUUAUUCAUUUUUUCUUUGGGGGGAGGUUUCAUAGAGAUUAUAUGUCGUGGUAAUGAUGCAGUCUGCAGUAUCGGGGUGGGGAAAGAUAUAUAACAUAUAUAAUAUGUCUUUAAUCUUAUUUCAUCAGCCAGUGUUUUUUUUUUUUUUUUAAGCCUUGGCAUUUCAAUAAUUGCCCAUACGGUGCAAUUGUGUUAUCAUAAUGAUGAUGAUUAUUGUUCUAAUAAUUGUUGUUGUCGUUGUCGUAGUUAUUGUUUUUAUGGGAGAUUCUCCCUUACAAAUAACCUGACUUUCAUAUAGAAGACUGCUAAUCAGGCAUGCAUAGGUGUCUUGGUCCAUUGGGGUUUGUGACCAUCGGCUGAUGCCCUUGGAAUCUGAUCACGCUCAGGCUAAGCCCGAGAGAAUGGCACCUCCCGUCUUCAUAAAACAACAUUCCUAUGAGUGUCCGAGCUGGUACACUGUAAGAGCGCAGGUUUUUGAAGGGACACUUUGACUGGUCCAGUAAAGGUGCAGUGAUCGGGCAGAAGGAUUGCCCAUCUGUUUGGGUCGACUGUUCCCCGCUGUGAUUCCAGAUUAAAUGUUGAUGUUAGGGUU